AUGACUACCGCAGCAGCCCCAGGACUCAGACGUUCAAAGCGCAAACUGGAUGAGCAAGCCGCCAACCCAGUCUCCAACACCAACACCGCGCCAGCGCCCAAGAAACGUGCGCGUAAAGCCACUGCAUCUAACAACACACCCAUACCAUCCCGCUCAGUCAACACCACCUUACCGCCCUUCCUCGCCCUCCCACGAGAGCUAAGAGAUGAAAUCUACAAGCACGUCCUAGAGUCAGACAACACAUCAACGCUCAAAUCUGGGGCCCGCAACAUCGUCACACGCUGCGGCCUCGCAGGAGUAAACAGACAGCUCUGCGACGAGUACAUUGAUGCGGUUCUCUUCCACGCACCGGUCAUAACGACCACAGUGCGCAACCACAACUUCGCACCCGUUGUCACGUUCCUGAACCGCCUGUCUCAGGCCCAGCUGAAGAAGCUGAGUAACGACGGAUUCCAGGUCGCGGGAGCAUAUGAUAGUUAUGCUGUACCGAUGCGCAAGAUACGCAUCAUUCUGUCGUAUACCGCUGGUGCAAAGGAUAGUCAUGCACAGCUGAAUAGGUGGCUGGACAGGUUCGAUAACCCUGAUAAACGGGGGUUGGGGAUUGAGUUCGAGUACGAAGGCGAUGGGUCAUGGUGCAAGGGAGGGUAUAAGCAGAGACCUAGGCCACGGGUUGGUGCAAGUAAACGGUGGGAAGCGGAAGCGGAUAAGAUCAGAAAUGGUGGCAGUCGUCGAGGACGGAACGGGUCAGUCUCGAGCGAUCUGUCAAGGAAGUAA